GCCAGAUUGGAUCUCGCGAAAUGUGUGGAUAGUGGAUAUACAUAUGUCCGAUUUGGCGACUGGAAUUAUUGGCCCGACUGAGCCACAGACAACAAAGCGGAGCAUCAGCAUCUCCAUCUGCAUCUGCAACUGCAUCUGCAUGCCUAGAACGGAGAUCAGUCGAAAUCAGACCAUGGCCUCGUUUGGAGUACGGGGAAUGGGCCAGCCGCUGGGCAUCCGGAUCUGCUGCUGCCGUGUGUGCACCUGCAUCAACUUCGGGUUCGUUCUGUCGCGGAUCGGACUGUUGAAGCUGAUGCAGCUUGGCCUGGCCAUGCUCUGCGAGGGAUUGCUCAUCCGGUACGGCGUGCCGUAUGCCGACUCCAUUGGCCAAGCCCUGACCAGCUUUCUGGCCACUACGGGUCACUGCUUCACCACCACCGGCAUCCUGCUGCUCUGCUACGCCUUCUCCGACAAAUCCUACAGCCUCAUCCGCCAGUCCCUCUUUGAGACCUUGUUCAACGGCCUCGCCAGCUGCAUGUACUUCAGUUCGUCGAGUUACAUGGGAUUCGCCUGCGUGGUGUGGCUGCAUCCACAGUUCCUGGUGCGACCCGGAUUCUGGGCGUAUCCGGCCAUGACUGCCUGCUAUUACAUGGGCUAUGCGGCGGGCAUUUUGCAUGCCCUUGAUGCCUACUUGGCGUUCCGGCAUUUUCGAGGAGCACGCUAAUCCCGGCCAGAGAAAA